AGGGGACCAGGACGGAUUCGUGAUGUUCUCUGCACCUCAUUCCCCUUUCCGUCAGACAUCUGGCAUUACUUUUUCUUGCUGCUUCGUUCGUUUGUUUUCCCGUUGUCCAUAGCGUUUUGCCUUCAAUUGAUGCCACUCGCUUUCUCUCCCGCGGCCGCACCUCACUCUCCUUGAGUUGACAUUUCUGCACCUCAUUGCCCGGCAUGAUUGCCAAACUCGGCUCACCGCUGGGUUCUCCAUCCCUGGCGGCAGCCCAGUUCAGGAACCGUCUGCCGACGCAGUUUCGCCGGGCACUCCCCAUCUACAUCGCCGCCGUUUGCCUGAUCCUCUUCGUAUUCAACCUGAACCUCUUCCACUCGAGCGUCCGCGCACCUCUUAACCGGCCGGCGCUGUCCGGUCAGCCAGUACCACAAGUCCGGGCACAGUUUCCGAGAAAGAUCUGGCAGACGUGGAAGGUGAACCCGCUCAAGUUUGAGGAGCGCGAUCUCAACACAGCUCGAACAUGGCUUGCCAAGAACCCCGAUUACCGGUACGAGGUCUUGACCGACGACAAUGACCUGCGCUAUGUCGAAUGGCAUUUUGGCCCAGACGGCUUCAACCGGCCCGACAUUGUCAACUUCUACCGGGACGUGAAGGCCGCGAUCGUCAAGGCCGAUCUCCUCCGAUACCUGAUCAUGUAUGCCGAGGGCGGCCUCUACGCCGACAUCGACGUCGAGGACCUGAAGCCGCUGACCAAGUUCAUCCCGGAGCGAUACAACGAAAAGGACAUCGAUAUGGUGAUUGGCGUUGAGAUCGACGAGCCGGAUUGGAAGGACCACCCGAUUCUCGGGCCCAAGUCCCGUUCCUUCUGCCAGUGGACCUUCAUGUGCAAGCCGCAGCUGCCUGUCAUGAUGAGGCUCAUUGAGAGGAUCAUGACGUGGCUCAACGGCGUCGCCAAGGAGCAAGGUGUGGCGCUCGCCGACGUCAAGCUGGAUUUCGACCAGAUCAUCAGCGGCACGGGCCCCUCUGCCUUCACCGAGGCCAUCAUGGCGGAAAUGGACCUGCACAAGGAGGACCCCAACCUGAAGAUCGACUGGGAUUUGUUCCACGAUAUGCAGGAGUCCAAAGUCGUGAGCCGAGUCCUCGUUCUGACCGUCGAGGCUUUCGCCGCUGGCCAGGGCCACUCCGACUCGGGCAACCACGACUCUAGGGCCGCAUUGGUCCGGCACCACUACCACGCGUCGAACUGGCCUAGCAGGCACCCCCGCUAUAGCCAUCCCGCGUACGGCGAGGUGGAGAAGUGCAACUGGAACGACGAAUGUGUAAAGAAGUGGGACAAGGACGUCGAGGCUUUCUCGCACAUGUCGGAAGAGGAACAGAAGAAGAUCAUUGCGCAGAAGGAGAAGGAAAGGAAGGAGGCGGAAGAGAAGAAGAAGGCCGAGGAGGAGAAGAGGAAGAAGGAGAAGGAAGCGGCCGACAAGAAGAAGAAGGAACAAGACGAGGCUGCCCGGAAGAAGAAGGAAGAGGAAGAAGCGGCUGCACGCAACAAGAAGGAGACGGAGGAGGCAUCCAAGCAAAAAAUUAAAGAGCUGGCUGAAGCUGAAAAGGGUAAACCACAGGAGGGCAAACCGCAAGGGGGAGAAAAGACGCCGGAGAAGAAGUCUGGGUGGCUGAAUUUUUCAUGAUGUUCCA